UCCUCGGUCCGUCGACCUGUCAGUCGAUCUGACGUCCCUCUAGGCUUAUUUGAGACUGGUCUCCCGGGUUUCCGGUCGAGUGAUCAGUUCUUCUUCUAAACCCUUCCCCUCUUCCUGCUCCCCUCGCCUUCUCUCUACUUCGCUCCCCGGUGUCUAUCAUCAUCCGUGGUUGUCGACGGAGGUACAUGCGCGCGCACGCGCAUAGGCCGCGGGUGUUGUUGCCCAGUUUCUAUAAGACAGCGCGAGGCCGGCUUAUCGUGGGUUUCGCACCCUCAAGCCUACAUACUACGUGCAUAAACCCUGUCGUACAGGAUCUGCCCAAUCAUAGUCGAUACUCGAUGGUCAUUCUCAUCUUCAGGGUGAUCGAACACAAGAGGAUACGAGAAGGUAGGACAGGGCCCUACGCCGUCGUCUAUUUGUUUCCUGCACGAUGCUGCAUCAGAAAUCCAGGUAUAGGACAGCUUCACCCAUUUGUCGACCUGCAGCAACUCCACUUCGCUCCGGGUGCCAGCCUCUUCUUCAUCUUGUUGCUCUCUUUCUCUCUCUUUCUCUCUCUCUCUCGUCUGCUCGUCUCGCCUCUCCUGCCUACCUCCCUGGGCCUUUCCUCCCCCCCCCCCCUUCCCUGGGAAGCUUGUCACGGGUCGCUCUAUCAGAUCCCACUACGGAGUAGGCGAUCAUCUGUUAUUUUAGACCGGGGUGAAAAGUGGGCAGUGAUCCCGGAUCUAGCCAUGGAGAGUGAUAGAUGCGUAUGCGAUUGCCGACGUACCGCGACCAUCCCUGGCAUGUGGGGAGCUGCGCCGACCCGGGCGGUGAUGAGCUCACAAAUAACACACAAGCUCACAUGGCACCAAACACAGCGGCCAACAGACAGAGAGUUCUUGUUGAAGAAACAAAUCAACUUGUCAGUGUUUCACAAUAUGCCGGGAGACCUAUCGAGGGCAUGGGAUGGUACUGGAGAGCGUCAUCGAGCAUCCCGGCCAAUGAUCAGGCGAGCCGGCCUCGAGACGCUGACCGGCUUCGUCGAGGGCCGAUACAAAGUCGAAGCACGAUAUCAUUGGUCCUCCAGACACGAUCCUUGCAUCUCGUCUACAGUAUCUGCGAAGAAAUGCGCCACAGCUGAAGGGCUAGGCCACAAUCGGGGAUCGGCUUGGAGCUAUACAAGAGGGGGCUUGGACGCGAGGUCUCACUCAGACUCCAGACAGGAUGCCUAACCUGAAAAGAGGAUAGAGAGGGAUCCUAACGAUAUGAGAACAUGAAUUUGUAAUUUUCUUUUCAUUCCUUUGCUCUCUCUCUCUUUUUCUUUUUUUUUUUUGGCUUCGUGAGGAUCAAAACCUGUAUCGGUAGACGUGGAUUUGCCGGAUAUGCGAUCGUUAACGGGAACAAGAAAAAGAGGAAUAGGAACAUGUCUUCGUUCGGAUUCUAUGGAGAGGCUCUGUCCUGACUAGACACCGUACAAUACACUCAGCGUAACAAGAACUCGACUUGUGACCCCUAAUCCCGGUUAUUCGACUUAGGAGCAGACCGGGAACAUAAGUUCCGUUGAGAGUCGACCCGGACUUACUUACCCCUCACGUCGAGGCUGGGUUCCGCUUACGACCUUACUAGCCUCCCUCCAGCGUUGAAGAAAAAUCGCACUUCAGGCAGACGGGGCUUCCUGGGUCUGCUAGGCGGGCUUAGCAAGGCCUUGAGUAGACAAAGGGUUCAA